AAGCCCGCCAAUGAGAAGCCAGUGAGAGGCCUGGAGGAGGUCACGUUUGCACGAGCAGUUCGAGGUCCUGCGCAGGACCUGCUACAAACCUCGGAAGAGGGGAAAUGUCCACAAAAGAAGUAACCUGCAGGUAUUUCCUGCAUGGCGUUUGCCGAGAGGGCAGCAGGUGUAUGUUCUCUCAUGACUUGGCCACAAGCAAACCAUCCACAAUAUGUAAAUUCUUCCAGAAAGGCGUGUGUGCCUAUGGUGAUCGUUGCAGGUAUGAUCACAUCAAGCCAUCUGCUGGACGUGGAGGGGGUGCUCUGGGUGACCCAGCAAACAGGAGCAGUGGUGUAAGGGCCCCCAUUCCAGGAAACGGUCCCCCUGCGGGCUCGGGCACGCGUGGCAAGAAGCCGCUGGUCCUGAGAGACAGGGCUCUGUGCCCCGAAGCCCGGGCAGUACGGGACGUACCUCGGCUUGCAGAGGCCCUCGAACCUGGGUCCUGGGAGUACGGUGACGAGGCUGCUCAGGCCAAGCCCCUCUCCUACCUGGAUGCCGUCCGCACCGGCCUGGACGAUUCUGCAAGUGGGGGGCCCUUCAUCGAUGCUCCACCCCUCUGCCCUUUUGCGGCCGCUGGCCAGUGUCACUAUGGCAACAGCUGUUCCUAUCUCCAUGGAGACGUGUGUGAGAUCUGCAGGCUGCAAGUGCUGCACCCUCAUGAUCCAGAGCAGAGGAGGGCACAUGAGAAGGUGACCCAGGGGGACAGGGCCACU